UUGGAGUGAAUCAAAAGACCAGCGAUUUGCUGCAAAGACACCAGUUGAAAAAGGAAAAUUGCAGAAGCCAAGCAAUAGAAUCCACGCUGCUGGACGCAGACACCACUUGUCUUAACUACCUGUCGCUCACGUCAAGUCUUCUCAAAAUGGCCGUUAUGCUGAAACCCUGGACCGUCUUGGUCGCCUUGGUGUUGUGCGUGCUGGUGUGUCUCGGGACUUUCGUGGACGCUUACCCACCUAAACCGGAGAACCCCGGAGAAGACGCGGCUCCCGAAGAGCUGGCCAAAUACUACACCGCGCUCAGACACUACAUCAAUCUCAUCACGAGACAGAGGUAUGGAAAGAGGUCCACCCAGGAGGGAGUGAUGUCAGAGUUGCUGUUCGGCAACAAUGCAGAGAGAGACCAGAGAUCAAGAUAUGACGACUCCUACGUGUGGUGAUUCCUCUUCCUCAUUGGGCAUUCUCUCCAGGUGUCCACCAAUACCUGGAGAGGCCAACCAGUGCCUCCCACAACCGCCACCCCCUCUGACCCAUGGCCACAACCAAUGACCAUCACAGGACCUUAAGACAACAUAAAAAUCAACCUUAUAUAGCUAACCCUCCUUUCCCCCCUCUUCUCUCUCUCUCUGACUUCUCACUCGAAGUCUCAGCCUCACUUCCUCACACGAAGACAAUUGUACAUAAUGAAUAGUUGAUUUAAGAUCUAAAAUAAAAAAUAUAAUGAUUUGAUGAAAUCAUAUGUGUAACCUACAAUGCUGUAUGUCUUAGCAGAGUAUGCUCUUUUAUGGUUGGAACUGUAUAAAUGCUUUGUGUGUGAUUAAAGUUUGAUGGAUGACUAUGA